AUGAGUCUAGACAAAUAAUCAAGGCAAUAUGAAGUUAUCCUGGAAAUUGGUUGUGCAUACACAAAAGUAGGAUUUUCAUUAGAUACUCAACCUAAAAAGGUGAUUAAAUUGAAUUUUGAGAAGCCUCUUCAGAAAUCAAGAUUAUCUUAUGAAUUGACAGUGGAAGAGAAAUUGUAUCAGAUAUUUAAUGUUGACAUGGUUUGUAAUUUAAAAGGAAGGUCAGUUGCUUUGAUUUAUAAUUAUUAUAACAAUGAAGAAAUGUAUAAUGUGAUAGCAUAUGUGCUAUUUUACAAAUUUGAGGUAGCUAAGAUAGCAUUUUUAAUUGGCAACGUACUUCCUCUUUACAUGACAGGACAUUACUCGGGUUUUGUGAUUGAUUUGGGAUACAAUGCUUCAACUGUUAGUGCAGUUUAUGAUGGAUACUCUCUGUUGCAUUAAACAGGUUAUAUAGGUGAAGGAGGAAGGGAGUCAGCCAAAAGGGUUCAGAUGUUGUUGCCUGAUUAUUCAUGGGAGUAAUUGGAAGAUAUUGCAGUUAAGCACUCCAAAGUAUUGAAUGCAGGAGAUGUCGAUGACAAAUAGAAGAUUAAAUUAAGACAUGCGGAGAUCUCAGAAUUCGAAUUGGCAAAAUGUUACACUGACACAUAUUUUGGAAAUUAUAAGGAUGAGGAGUCUAAUAUAGCCUAUGGAUUUUUGAAGAUUGUUUCUUAGAUUAAAGACAGGGAUAUCAUUACGAAGAUGGCUUAAAAUAUUGUCAUUACGGGGGGAGCAAGGAAAAUACCUAAUUUAUUGCUGAGAUUCAAGAAUGAAUUGCUGUAAUUGUUAGAAUCUGAAUUCUCAUCCAUUAGGAAUAUCAAGUUCUACAUUACUAAUUUGAUAGCUUAGAAUUCGAGUUGGGUUGGCGGUGCUCUCAUUGUUCAAAUUGGUGGUUAUGAUAGAUUUAUUGUAACUAACUCUAAAUUUAGGGAGAACGGAAAUAUGUUCUGCACAAGAUCAGAUGCAUAUAAUUUUAUAUCUAUUAAACCGUGA